CCUUCACAGAUCAGGACACUGCUGGGAUAGGCUAGCAGAGUAUGGAUCACAGCAUCCUUUCUUAACACAAAGUAUCGAUAAAAACCACUUCGAUCUGCCGGUUACAAUUAAUUUUUCUUCGUCCAAAGCCGUAUUUAUAUAGCGUUAUCUGGCACCGUAGUUCACCGAGGAAUUGCCACCUGAGAGAGUAACUCCAGACAGCCAUGGGAGGCGCCGCUGCUCAGCUUAGCCACGCCCCCUGCCAGCACACCGCCGAGCUCCGCCGACGAGUUGGACCCCGGGCCUAAUUGGCGCCACACCGCCCCGGUCUCACCGUACCCGACUGCGAGCGCCAACGGCCGCCGCGUGGUACAAAUUUGGCGCCCUGUCUUCUGAUUGGCCCGUUGCCGUCGCCAAUAGAUGGGAGGUAAGCGCGAGGGAGCGGGGGAGGGCACAAAGGCGGCCAGUCAGCAAAGAGGUUCAUGCGGCAGAGCUCCAAUAGCGAGGCGCCAUGGUGCCGUCCAAUGAGCCGGGCCCUACUUUGCGGGCGGUUAUAAAGAGACGGGGUGGGGGCGUCCUCACUUCAUCCCGCCGCAGAGCUCCUGAGAUCUCGGCCCGGAGCUCGGUGUGCUGCGAGGCGCCAUGUCUGGCCGCGGCAAGAGUGGCGGUAAGGCCCGAGCGAAGGCCAAGUCUCGUUCUUCCCGGGCUGGGCUGCAGUUCCCCGUUGGGCGUGUUCAUCGGCUGCUGCGGCGCGGACAUUACGCGGAGCGGGUGGGCGCUGGCGCACCCGUUUAUUUGGCGGCCGUGCUGGAGUACCUGACGGCCGAAAUCCUAGAGCUGGCGGGCAACGCGGCCCGCGACAACAAGAAGACGCGCAUCAUUCCCCGACACCUGCAGCUGGCGGUGCGCAACGACGAGGAGCUCAACAAGCUGCUGGGCGGUGUCACCAUCGCGCAGGGCGGUGUCCUGCCCAACAUCCAGGCCGUGCUGCUGCCCAAGAAGACGGGUGGCGGCGCCGCGGGCCCGGCCAAGGCCGGCAAGAAGGGCGGCGGGCAGCAGUCGCAGGAGUACUAAGCCGGGCGCCCCCCCACUCCGUCCUCCCAGCACCACACAAAGGCCCUUUUCAGGGCCACUCCAUUGCUCACGGGGAGAGCUGCGAUCCGCGGGAGGGGAGAGGUGGGGGGAUGGGGGCGUUCAUACCCCGGCGCAACGCCUGGGGCGGUGCCGCUCCAUGCCCGCAGAGGCCAACAACGAAGAGCGAGCGCCGGGCGGCGCUGCGGAGCUAGUGGGAAGCGCCGGAAGGCAGCACGCCUGCUCGAGUUCAGUCACAGAAACUGUAAAUAGGUCACAUGCUCGGUAAAGACUUACUCUUGGGUACUUAUAACGUGACUCUUUAUCUGGUGUUACAUUCAGGGGACGUUGCACGGAGAAUAAAAAAUGCUUCAUCUCCACCCUGGAACCCCGUAA